AUCCUUACAUACUUCAACAGAUCCUUUGGUCGGUGACCCCUGACAUUUGCAGAUACAGGAUGUAAACUUGAUAUUUUCGAACUCAGCAGGCCCUUAUCUGAUAUACUAGCAGUAAUUCAUACACUGAACAGGCUCAUUUUGAGGCAAAAACACGCCUGAAGUUCUCCAGUGAUGACCAAAGCUCAGGGACUGCCGGAAAGAUGAGAAAGCGGGGCAUUUUCGCGGCUUUUCUGGUGGUGGGUUUUGUGGUGGGGUGGGGGGUGCUGACCCUGUACUCCCCCCACCACGCGACCUACGCUAUCGGGCUGCAGAAGGCGGGCAGACACCCAAGGUCACGUCUGAAGGGCAGGAGGGGACACACAGCAGGGACCCUAAAGCUGAGUCGUGAGUACCCCCAUGUGAGGGAGGUCCUGUAUAACCGCCUGCCCAAGUGUGGCAGCACCAGUCUGAAGGCUCUCACCAGGAGACUUGCCAAGAAAAACCACUUCCACUUCAAGGAGUCCAACAUCUGGGACCAGUUCCAGCUCAACCAGACAGGACUGAAAGCCUUUGCGGAGGACUUCUACACAGUCCCAUCACCUUUUAUAUAUGAAAGACAUGUCUACUUUGUUGAUUUUGAGCAACUUGGCCUUAAGAGCCCAAAAUACAUCAACCUGGUCCGGGACCCCCUGGAUAGAAUAGUAUCUUCCUUCCACUUCAUGCGUUACGGGCGCAAGGGCGGACCAAACCACAUCGUGACUCGCCUGUUCAACAAGUACCACAACGAGACGGACAGGAAUCAGACCUUUGAUUCCUGUGUGUUGAACCGGUCCAAGGAGUGUUGGGGACCGAGGGUCAACCUCAUGACACACUUCUUCUGUGGGCAGGACCCAGUGUGCAGAGACCCGGAGUCCAUUAAGGCACUGGACAAAGCGAAGGAGAACAUCAGGAGACAUUACCUGGUGGUCGGUCUGCUGGAGGACUUCAACGGUUUCCUGAAGGUGCUGAGCAAGAUCCUACCACAGUUCUACAGGGGGGUGACGGACCUCUGGAAGGACCUGGCUCCGAAUGUACAGGAGGCCCAGAAGACAGUGAGGAAGCAGCCCCCCUCCCCCCUGGCCCAGAAACUGAUGCAGCAGAGAAUGUACAUGGACUACGAGCUGUACACCUUCAUUCAGGACCGAUUCAGACGACAGAAACUGGAGUUAGGCAUCCACUAG